AUGCUCCGUAAGCCUUCUAGAUCCCGGCUCGCGGAGCACAUCAUGUCUCAUCUUAGGUCUUGGGGAAUCCUGGUGAAAACUUUGCAUAUCCCAAAUGAAAACUGGAAAUUUUUUGAUAACAAUGAUUUCUACCCAUUUCUUCGAUAUUCAUUAAAUAAGAAGCGACGAUGGGAGGUAGAUUUUUUGGAGGAUUUGACGGAGAUUCAAGACUUUUAUGGAGAGGAUGUUGAGGUGUUAUUUUUGAAGAGGUCUCGGACGGAAGCGUAUGAUUGGCCACAUUACUACGAAACAACUCUCCCAGGACAAUUCAGAAUUCGGGCGGUUCAUCAGCUGAGCCACAAGCAGAUCUACAAAAAACAAGAAGUAAAUUCAAUUUUCGGGCAAGAUUUCAAGAAUUUUGAUGCGUCGAAAAAUAUGGAAAAUAAAGGUGUGGUGGCUUAUAAUUUCAUUGGGUCGCAAGAGAAUUAUUUGAAGAUUUUCAAGAAGAAAUUGAUAAGGAAGAGGGAUAAUGAAUGGCCCCACACCACCGGUUGGCAACGGGUAAAACGACGGGAAGUAAUCGAUAUGGAGAUCAGAAAUCUGCAUAACGAUUUGACUGAAAAUUCUGAUACAGAAAGUUUGGAAUUAGAGGAUGAACCUGAAUCAGUCAGUGAUCAAAGAUUCUACAACUUGGAGGAGCAUAUCAAAGAGAAGCGGGUUAAACGACGGUGCUGA